AUGUCCUCCCGCUCCAGCACCACAUCCACCGCCACUAUGGUCACCAGUGGCGCCACCUCCGUCGCCUCAUCUGCCAACAGUCGCCCAAAUUCCACGCCCGUUGCCACAUCGGCACGCGCCCCCUCCAAGGCCACCAAAUCCAAGUAUCGACCCCGUCUCCACCCAUCCGAGCUCUCCAGCAAGAUCGAAAAGUUCUUCUCCCCCAUCCUCUUCCCUCGCGCACCCGAUCGAGCCCCCGUCCUACCCUCGCUGUCCCGCUCGAAGCUCGCCCCGGCAUGCCCCGAUGCAGACAAAGGGAGCGCCCCGACAUGGCGUAUCAGGCGAUUCAAGAAAUGGAGAGAUCAGGUCCCCGAAUUGCGCUUGGUUCUUCUCGAUCCGCGUCGUCGAGGCCACAUGCUACGGUAUCAGACCUACGCCCUUCCCUUCCCGACGACCUGGCAGCGCGGUGUCAAGCGCAAGAUCUUCCCUCGCGGCCGAGAGAUCAAGGAUUACUCUGACUGGCCAUCCUUGGCUGCGAUCAAGACCCGGCGAGCUGCAGCUAUCAAGGCGAGUACUGCGCCGCCCCCGCCCACGCCGGGCACUUCGACGCCAGCAACCAAGGGCUCCGGCUUACCGCAGAAACCUCCAGUCCCUGCCAAACCACACAUGACUGGUCCAGAGAGAAGGAAAGAGCGGGUCAGACUAAAGCAGCGCCGGUGGGUCCUGUACGCGGAGAAUGAGCGGAGGUGGCGAAAGGGCAUGCGAGAGGUGAUGCGGGGCAUCGUUCACUUCCAAGAAGGAGCUAUGCUCGAGCCGGACAAGUGGCAAGAUGGGAAAGGCGUCUGGUUACCAGACUUUGAUCCGGAUGAAGUGACCAAUAUGACGAGAAUGUUCCGGGAUGUUCGACGCGAUCCAUCAUUGGUCUACACGAUGUCGACUAAUAUCGAGCCAGUCAAGGGUCGAGCAGAAGCGGAGGCGGCCUUGCGCAAGAAUGAGGCGGAAAGACAAGCUCGGAAAGAGGACCGGAGGAAACAGCGGGAUGCAAAGAAGGGUGUAACCACACCUGCAGUGCCGGAUACGACUAAUCAGCAACCAGACGGCCUCAAGGUCAAUACGCCGAAGACCGUGCCCGCAGCCGUCGAAGCCAAGGUGACAAAGAAGACCAAAAGGGUGUCAGGCGCGACCGAUUCUCAGCUCGGUAUUGACGAGGUGCGGCCAGCCAAGGUCGGACCGGGUACGAUACAGAAACCCAGAGCUCUGGCUGAGGAUGGCCCUGGUGGCAACACGAUCGCAGUGAAGGCGCCAACUCCUGGAUUGGGGCCUCGCGUCUCCCGCUCACAGCGCAAGAUCGGCCCAGCUACCGAAGCGGAGGCGAAGAGACGAUCUCAGCGAGCGGAAGGAUCCUCGAGGACCGCCUCGAGCUCCCAGCCGUCGGUUGAAGCAGCAGUCGCAUCAACCUCUCGUCCACCGCGCUCAGGGGUCAAGCCUCCGGCAAGGCUCUCCUACGACGUCCCGGCCAAUGCGCCAAAGAUCACUCCUUUCCCCUCAUCCUCCCAGGAUACAGUAGAGGCAGCCCAGCAUGACCUCUUCAAGCUCCUCGCACAGAUGGCCAAGCUUCAGAUCAAGCGUGAUAAAGCUAUCCGGGACGAAGAACAAUUGGUGCAACAAUUGGCCAAGACGUCAGAUACCCCUUCCUCCGGCAGAGCCAAGCUGGAUGCCAUCUCUGAAGGCCCGCCCGCGGGUAGCAAGGCAAACGGUUCGGCAGAUCCCAGUGUCAGCCUGAGAUCCUAUACUGGGCGCGAGAUGGACCGACGCGCCCGCUUCCGGUCCAAAGCUCAACGCGUCGUCGCUCUGGCAGACAUCAGCACAGCCACCCACAACCCGCCAUCUAUGCCCUCCCUCGCUUCUUCAGACUCUACAGAACCCACCGUCCGCCCGCCUCGCCUUGGUUCAUUAUACAAGGAUGACGACACCCGCCAGCUCACCACGCCACCGUCCACCACGUCAGGCGCUAGCACCCCCUUCUCGCUCGUGCUCGACGACAUGGUCGGGGACGAUGAGCAGCUCGAUAUGGCCAUGCUGGACCGCUAUCUCAAGUCGUUCCGGCUCAGCAAGAGUGAUCAGGUCGAUGAUGAUGAUGAGUCAGAUGAUGAGGUGGAGUAUGUUUCGCUGAGUGGUGAAGGGGACACAGCCCGCACUGGUUCAGUGGUCGACACGUAUCAGUCUUGUUGA